AUGAUCGGAAGGAAGACCAGAACCGUUUUGACCCUCGAGCAGAAAGAAGAAAUCCUCCAAUCGCUUGAAGGAGGCAAGACUCAAGCUUCUCUGGCCGAGAGAUACGGGGUCGACAGGAGCACAAUAUCCAACAUCGAGAAGAAUGCUUCGAAAAUCAAAGAAUUUCGACCAGUCUAUGACAGAACAAGGAGCAUCAACGAGCGUAAGGUGAUGAAAACCGCGAAAGACGAAAUGCUCGAAGCGGCUUUGUACAAGUGGUUUGUACAGAAGCGUACCCUUGGGUUUCCUCUUUCUGGCUUCAUCAUUUGCCAGAAAGCUCUGGAGCUCAGUCAGAAGCUUGGAGGGGACCUUGAGUUCAAAGCAAGUCAAGGUUGGUUGGGAAAGUUCAAGAACCGCCAUGGGAUCCGAGAAUUGGAAGUCCAAGGUGAGAGGAUGUCCUCCGACGUGGAAGCUGCUGAAAGAUUUGUGUCCGAAUUCAAUGGUCUCCUGCACGACGGAGCUUUCGAUCCCGAUUUCAUCUACAACGCGGAUGAAACACGACUCUUUUAUAAGGCCUUGCCCAGCAGAUCAUUGGCAGCUCGGAAUGAAAGGACGGCUCCAGGGCACAAAAGUAGCAAAGAACGAGUCACCGCGAUGGUGUGCGCUAAUGCCACAGGUCGUCACAAGAUCUCGACGUUCAUCAUUGGUAAAUCACGGAACUGUUGA